UUGAAUUUGAAAGGCGAUAGUGAUUUUGAUCAUGCAUAUGUUGAAGAUCAGUGCUAUAAAAACAGAAUUUGUAUAGGGAGCUGUGAGAAACCAGAUGAUGGUAAAAAUAGUAUUAGUAGUAUAAAGAGAGAAUUGAUAAAUGAACGAAGUUCAGAAAUGAGGAAUGAUAUAACAAAGAUAAAUGUUUAUGAUGAUA